CGGCGGCGGAGCGGGCCGCGGGCACGGCGAGAGGCGGCGCCGGCGGCGGGGCCGAGCCGGGAGGGCGAAGCCGCGGCCCCGCCGAGCCCGCCCCGGGGCCUGCGGGAGCAGCAUGGCCGCCAGCCUGUGGAUGGGGGACACUGUUGAGCCUGGUUCAUGCAUGCCUGCUGGUUUUGAGUGGCAUCGACCCUCUUAAAUGAGUCUUCUUUUUGAAGUGUAAGGCUGGAGCCAUAUAUGGAUGAAAACUUUGUUUCAAGAGCCUUUGCCACCAUGGGAGAGCUUGUACUGAGUGUAAAAAUCAUUCGAAACAGGUUGACAGGAAUUCCAGCAGGCUAUUGCUUUGUAGAAUUUGCAGAUCUAGCUACUGCAGAGAAGUGUUUACACAAAAUCAAUGGAAAACCGCUUCCUGGUGCUACACCGGCAAAGCGAUUUAAAUUGAAUUAUGCAACGUAUGGAAAACAGCCCGAUAACAGUCCAGAAUAUUCCCUUUUCGUGGGAGAUCUGACCCCUGAUGUGGAUGAUGGCAUGUUAUAUGAGUUUUUUGUUAAAGUUUAUCCAUCGUGUAGAGGUGGAAAAGUUGUUUUGGACCAGGCAGGAGUAUCCAAAUGCAUUGCUCUGAAGGAAUGUCUGGAGGUGUCUUGUCCAACUUCCCACUCUGAGCAGGGCUGCUGCCAACACAAGAUCAGAGGUUACGGGUUUGUGAAAUUCACGGAUGAACUGGAACAGAAAAGAGCGCUGACAGAGUGUCAAGGAGCCGUGGGGUUGGGUUCUAAACCUGUACGCUUGAGUGUGGCUAUACCAAAAGCUAAUCGUGUGAAACCAAUGGAGUACAAUCAGAUGUACAGCUAUAAUUAUAACCAAUAUUACCAACAAUAUCACAACUACUACGCCCAGUGGGGCUACGACCAGAACACGGGCAGUUACAGCUACAGCUACCCCCAGUACGGCUACACGCAGAGCACAAUGCAGUCAUAUGAAGAAGUUGGUGAGGAUGCAUUGGAAGACCCGACGCCUCAGUUGGACGUCCAUGAAGCAAAUAAACAGUUUAUGGAACAGAGCGAAGAGCUCUACGAUGCCUUGAUGGACUGUCAUUGGCAGCCUUUGGACACUGUCUCGUCAGAGAUUCCAGCUAUGUUAUAGCCUCGUUGCUGAGGCACUGUCUGUGUGACAAACCCGCCAGUGCGCUCCGGACUGUUACGCUGCACCUGGAUCCUGCAGUAGUGAGGGGUGGCCCUUUGUGCACCCAGGUCUGUUACUCAAAGUACAGGAGGCCUGUGGCGUUUCCUGUACGACAUGAGUAUCGUAGGAGCAUCAUGGUAAUUUUGAUUCAUGGUGAAAGUUAGAACUGCAGCAGUUUUAUUCCUUUUGUCUUGAAGUGAACUCGUAAUACUUCUUGUAAUUUAUAAACUUUCAACGAGAUGGCACAGGGGAAAGACUCUACUCCAACGUACAAUAAAAAAGUUGGUCUUUUAAGUAAAAUUACACUCUGCAUUUUGGUUCCUGCCCCCCUUUCUGUUUUGAUGCCCAUUUAACUGUCUUUAGUCAUUUGAUCCAACUCUCAUAAAUGUGUUUGUUUAUUUUUUGAAGAGUCACUGUCAGAUACUGCUAAAAUGUCUCAGAAGCUUUCUAGUGACUGGGUAAGGUUGCUGUAAACUGAGUACGGGAAAGAACUGUGUAGAUGAAAGUUUGUGUUCUGCUUAAUCUAAGCUGUGAUCUUGAGCUAGUGAGUUUAUAGCUUGGUGUUCUUAAGCAAUCUACCUGAAGAGCAUUUUGGAAAGUAAAGACAGAAAGGCGUUUUAUAACUACUACAGACCGAUGCCUUCCACCAGGUGGUCUCUAGCGUGUUUGGCUUGCCUCUCCACCUAUGUGUGAGGAAAUAAUUCCUCACCAGUCAAGCAGUUUAAAACACUUUUACCAACAACCUUGUUUAAAUGUUAUUCUGUGUAUCAUGCCUUUUUCCUUGUGGACAGGCCUUGAUGGUCUCGUGAUGAUGUUGAGGUUUCACAGCGUCUUCCACUGUCUUGUCAGAGUGUAUAUGGUGAAACUGAAGAUCUUGCAGCAAAAACGGGUCAGAGCAAUCUAUAUUUUGUGCAACAAAUUGUUGCUAACUUGGAAAGCAUUUUUCUACUGGAUGUUGUAUAAGCCGGAUGGACGAGCAAUAUAUUUAAGCUAAUAUUAUGUUGCGUUAGAGGUGACAGCGAAAAUGAUAGCACUUAUGUAUGUGUUAUAAGCCCUUUUCAGGCUUUUGUGCCUUAAACUCUUUGAGAAACAGGAACAGAUAAACUACCUGUAAUAAAUGUCUAUCCAAGAAAUAGUUUGGUAACUGAAAUUGCUACUGCAAAGCAUUAAGUUGCCUCCCUCCCCAUGUUGAUGCAGAGAUUUGCCACAAAAUUUAAAUACUUUCAUAAAACCUACUUCUACU